AUGGUCUCCAUAUCAUGGCUUUAUUUUCUCAUUUUCCUCUAUCUUUCUUUGUCGUCCAUAUCCUCUCCUUCUCCAUCUGCAUCAUUUCCUUUGUGCCACCCUGAUGAUAGUUCUGCUUUGCUCCAAUUUAAGAACUCCUUUUCCAUUGAUAUGGUCUAUACUCCUUAUCAUGGUCGAUCUUGUGGUGCUAUUCCUUCUAAAACAAUCAGUUGGGAUGAGAAUGGCACGAAAGAUUGUUGUGUGUGGAGUGGAGUUACAUGUGAUAACAGGACAGGUCAUGUUAUUGGACUUGAUCUUACAUGCAGUAGUCUUAAAGGAGUCAUCCAUUCCAACAGCAGCCUUUUCUUCCUUCGCCAUCUUCGGAGUCUGAUCCUCUCCUAUAAUGAUUUUUGGGGCUCCACAAUUUCAUCUGAAUUUGGUAAGCUUACUCAUUUGGUCCACCUUGAAAUUUUUGAAUCUGGAUUUUCAGGGUAUUUUCCACCAGAAUUCUCAUAUCUAUCCGAAUUGGUUUCACUUGUUCUCUCUUCAAAUGAUGAAUUGAUACUAGAUACGUUUACCUUAAAAAGAAUCUUUUCAAAUUUAACAUCUCUUGAAGAACUUUAUCUAUUUCAAGUUGACAUGACUUCUGUUGAACCUGUUUCAUUGAUGAAUUUAUCUUCAUCUAUGACAUCUCUUACGCUUGACUUUUGCAAUCUGCAAGGAAAUUUACCAGAUAACAUCUUUUACCAAUGGCCAAACCUUGAAAAACUGUCUUUAGAAGCAAAUGAGAACCUUACUAGUUUCUUGACUAAAACUAAUUGGAGCAGUCCACUCAAGUACUUGGAUCUUUCUUUUACUGAAUUCUCAAUAGAUUUGCCUCAUCUAACUAAAAGCAUGAAGUCUUUGGAAACUUUGCUUCUGAGUAAUUGUAAAAUAUUAGGAUGGAAUCCCACACUACUUCUUAACCUCACACAAAUGACUUCGUUAGACUUCUCAUUUAACAAUUUUGGUGGUCAGGUUCCAUGGUCAUUUUUGAAUCUAAAGCAUCUCACUUAUUUAAGAUUUCAAUUUAACAACUUUACUGGCCAGCUUCCGGACAUUUAUGCUCAUAACUCGUCGCAAAUUUCCUUUUCGUCUGACUCAUCCAAAAAUCAAUCUUUGGGCCCUCUUCCAUUGUAUUUGGAAUGUAUCUCUUUGGAUGGUAACUUACUCGAUGGUAAAAUACCUCAUUGGAUAUAUUCCCUCCAACUUUUGCAAAUUCUAACACUUUCAGAUAACCAGUUCACUGGUCAAAUUGACGAAUUCAAGUCCCGUUCAUUGAAGGAACUUGAUCUAAGCCAUAACAAACUACAUGGACCCAUUCCUAGGUCAAUUUUUCAACAAGUAAAUCUCACUUGGCUAGAUCUUUCCUCAAAUAACUUGAGUGGUGUUGUAGGAUUGGACGAGUUUUCGAGGUUGCAGAAUCUUGUAUGUCUUCAACUUUCGUUUAAUAGUCUAUCAUUGAGUUCCGAAAUCUCUUUCAACUAUACUUUGCGCAGACUCACCUUAUUGCAUUUGUCUUCCUGCAACAUAACAAGAUUCCCCAAUUUCAUAAGAAACUCAAAACAUUUGUUGGAAUUAGAUAUCUCUUCCAACCAUAUUGAUGGUCCUGUUCCCAACUGGCUAUGGAAUAUUGGGAAGGAUUCAUUAUUUUAUCUAAACUUUUCACACAAUUUUUUGACGAGAAUGGAACAACUUCCAUGGAAGCAAUUGCAAUAUCUUGACCUUCAAUUCAAUUUGCUUGAAGGACAACUCCCAAUUCCAUCAUCAUCCAUAGUUGUUUUUCUAAUCUCAAAUAAUCAACUGAGUGGAGAGAUACCAUCUUUGAUUUGCAAUCUUAGUUUCCUUGAAGUCCUUGAUUUAUCUAAUAAUGUUUUGGAUGGAAAGAUUCCGCCAUGUAUUGGAAAUUUUAGUUACAGCUUAUCGGUGUUGAAUCUGGGGAUGAAUAAAUUGCAUGGCAGAAUCUCUGCCACAUUUGCAAUGGGAAACUCGUUGAGGAAUCUGAACCUUAAUGGAAACCAACUUGAAGGGCUUCUGCCACCAUCUUUGCAAAAUUGUAAAAAGCUGGUAGUUUUAGACCUUGGAAAUAACAAGAUAAAUGACACUUUUCCCUAUUGGUUGGAAUCUCUUCCGGUGCUACAAGUUCUUAUCUUGAGGUCUAAUAGAUUCCAUGGUUUCAUAGGCAGUUCCAAAACUGAACUCUCAUUUCGAAAGUUGCGGAUCAUAGAUCUCUCUAACAAUGAAUUUAGUGCUGAUUUGCCAGCAAAAUAUUUUGAGAAUUUUUUGGCCAUGAUAGAUGCACCUCCAGAAAAAUUGAAGUACAUGGGAGAAUCAUAUUAUCAAGAUUCUGUGGUUAUAGCAAUAAAAGGCUUUGAUAUCAAAGUGGCAAGAAUUCUAAACAUUUUCACAACCAUUGAUAUGUCUAAUAACAAUAUCACAGGAGAGAUUCCAAAGUUGAUUGGGAAGCUUAAGGCAUUCAAAGGUCUCAACCUCUCUCAUAACAAAUUGAGUGGUUCUAUUCCACCAUCGUUCAGAAAUUUAAUUAAUCUUGAAUGGUUAGACCUCUCAUCAAAUGAGCUAGCUGGUGAGAUUCCUCAGCAAUUGACAGAAAUCACAUUUCUUGAAGUGUUGAACCUGUCAGAUAAUAGAUUGGUCGGAAGAAUACCUCGUGGCAGGCAAUUCGAUACAUUCGAUAACACUUCUUACAGUGACAACUUGAAAUUAUGUGGAUUUCCAUUGUCCAAAACAUGCAACAAUACUAGUGAUGAAGCAGAGCAAUCUUCACCCAAGUCGUUCCAAAAUUUUGGUGAUCUGGAGCAAAGAAAUGGGUUUAAUUGGAAGCAUAUGGUACUGAUGGGGUAUGGAUGUGGAUUGGUGUUGGGAAUAUCUGUGGGAUAUAUUGUGCUCUUCAACAAACAACCUGAUUGCUUUACGAAAAUUGUGAUCAAGUACUGGAGGAGAAUGAUGGGCUAG